CGCCAACCCCGACCCAGUUGAUCUGAGUGACCUUGACAUAUGCCGUUACAGAGUCAAGACGACGUUCUUUAAUAUUUACGACCUCAUCGACGCCAGUUGCCCAGGCGAAAUCGUCCUUUCCUUCAGCAAUCUGCAAAAGUUAGACGAACACACGAACACGACCCAGCAGUAGUUCAGCACCGAUACACAGUCCCUCAGUGACCUGCUCCGCUAUCUCCUCCGCCACAUAAUCACCGCUCCCAACUCUAACCCCGAAGUGUACAUAGAAGCGUUCUUCGCUCAAUAUCGCCCCUUCAAGUUCGAGUACUGCCCCUCGAUGCCCGUCAUGGCUGAGUUCUACCGGCUCUGUGAACACAUGCACUGGACUCGUCGUUAUCGAGGCCUCGUCUUCGGUGGCCCCACGACUUCGAUUGAGGACGAGGAACAGCAGAAGGUUAAGGACGAGGAACGGCAGAAGGCUAAGGAGGGCAUACAGAGCGCUAUUGCGAAGACAUUCAAUGACACGUAUGGGGUCGAUAGGCACGACCUCCGAUCUUGGCAAAAGCUAUGUCGUGCUCUACGUCUAGAUCCCAUCCCGACCACCUUGAAUGACUGCCAUGAUCAUAUCAGGGCGACUCACGUGAACAUAUGCAAUCUCAUCGACGUCCCUCGCACUGGGGAGCCGCCGAAGCUUUUCGAAUCCGAGAAAGCUUUGAGCGAAUACACCAAGAGGACGGGGGAGUAUUUCCCUCAGGGUCAUGCAGAGGCAGGUGGAAUCCUUCGCUUCCUGCUCCGAUAUAUCGAAAACCCGAGGGAAGGUCCCGAGGGAAGGUCCAGAGGGAAAUGCAGGUCAUGGAGUCCCUAGAUACGGACAGGGGCCUAAAGUUCGUAGGAGAGCGAGGAACGCUGCGAGGGUGCAGUCGUGAAUCUUUUGGGACUGGUGGACCAGUUUGUGGCCAUCUCGCUCUGUUUUUAACUUUAGAUCGACGAUGCUUAUAUUACAUUCGCUUUUAACAGCUGGUCCUACAUGGUAAGCAGUCGCUUAUCAGGGCGUUCGCCCUUCAAGCUUCGAUUGUCGCAUUCGACGGUCGUCGAGAAGUGUACUACGGCAGUCCCCGCUCUCUACGCAAGUAGAAACGGACACGGAAGAGACUCAUUUAGUGUCUUCUGCGCUCGCGGACUUCGUCGGAGCACAGAUGUCGUCUGUUUUGCACGGGUAGAAUCUGCGAGCGCAGAAAAGAGGAUACAGGCGGGGGAGAGAUGACCGGUGUUGUUGACACGGUGGAGAUUCCCUUCUCGACUGUGUAUACGAAAUUAUGCGGGCAUGCAUGUUCACCUUUUGAAGAUUUAUACACG